ACCUCACACCUCCAACACCUCCACGGGGAUAAAUGCAGGAGACCGAGCAGAACCCCACAGUACCCACUGCUACCCUACCACAGAGAGACAGAGAGAACCUUCCUGCUCAACACUGAAAGCAUUGAUCCUUGAAUCCUAGAGAAAGAGAGACCAAGAUAGAGACAGAAGGAUACUGAGAUUUUCCUGCUCAGUUCUUCUGGAUCCUAGAGAGAGAUAGCGACACUCAUCCUUCAGCCAUGGACUCAGCGCUCUCCCAGUUCCUGCUCCAGGAGACCCAGGCCCCGGGGUGUGAGGCCAUGCUGGAGCAGUCCUGCUCCGGCUCUGACCCCGGCUACUACAGCGCCUGCGGCAGCCUCUCUCCGGCCUCCUCCGUGGACUCCCUCUGCGCCUCCCCCCGGACCCUGCACUGUGGCGCGGGGCAGGAGCCCGCCGACGGCCUCCUCUUUAGCACCGCCGCCGCGGAGACCAGGCCGAGGCCCGCCCAGCCGGCCCAGGGCGCGAGGCGCUCCCGCUCCCGCUACCCCGGCCACAAACGCCAGAGCGCCAGCGAACGGGAGAAGCUGAGGAUGAGGGACCUGACCAAGGCCCUGCACCACCUCAACGCCUACCUCCCCCCCUCCCUGGCCCCCGCCGGCCAGACCCUCACCAAAAUCCAGACCCUGCGCCUCACCAUCCGCUACAUCGCCCAGCUUUCAGCCCAGCUGGAGGCCCCGGAGGGGGCCCCGUCCCAGGCACGUCCAGAUCUCCCUCCGUCCUGCUUUGGAACACGGGACACUGACCGGGGAUCGUUCUGCCAAUCAGUGGGCGCCAUGACGACAGAGGACAUCUCCAUGUUCCAGCCUGCCUUCCCUCACACAGUGGACCAGUACUCCUGUCUGCGUCAGCCUUUCCAGCAGAAUCCCUGUGGUGACUACAGCAUUGCGCAAACGCUUACGGAUGAAUAUUAUACCCUGCAAAACCAGCUGCCUCUCUCCAAACUCGGCUCACUUUAGGAGCGAAAAUACAAACAACCUUUCGCACGGACAGCAAUUAUCGACUUGGACUCAUUCAAAGGACCUUGAUGUUC